AUGGCUGCUAUAAAGCCAACCCGAUCUAAUUACCCCUCCUCAAAGAGAAAAUUGAUGCGCCAAAAACAAUGCCGUCGCAAAACAAGUUUAAUGAAAAAGGCAUGCGAAUAUAGUAAGAUGUGUGACGCGGAUGUAUGCGUGGGCAUUCGUUUCCGGGAGACGGGUCAGGUACAUAUUUUGUCCGCAGAUGCGUCCGGAUUUUGGGCAUUUCUUACUUCACAAUUAGGCUCCUAUUACCCAACACCAAGGUUGAUUACAGACCGAGACCUGGAGACAAAGGAAGGCACAACUGUCACUACUGCGUGA